AGGUAUAGCGGAAGAUUUUCGUUUUCCGGGUGGAUCACCACUGUUAUUGGUCAUCCCAGAUGUCAAUCAUUCUGAUUAUAUGUUGACGUAUAACCGUCGCACGUGCUCGCCUCUACGUUCGCUUUCUGCGCAUGCGCACUUUCACGUGUAUGUGUGUUGUGCUACGGUUUCAACCAUUCAUUGAAGGUCGCGUUCUCACUUUUUUUUUUUUCAAAAUGUCUGAGGGUCGCAAGAGAAAAAGUGUCUACGAAUUGUAUGACAAGAAGAGAAAGGACUAUAAAUAAAGAAACAAGACCACAUGUUUAUGGGAGACUAUUUCACACGCUGGCGUGAGCUAAAAGGACAGGUUGGGCUUCCCACGCGAAGUUUCUACUGGAAAGUCACUCUUUAGGACCCUCCGCCCCCUCUGGUCUGCCUAUUUCUGGUGUGUUGGCCAUGGAGCUCAGAUAAAAAAGGAAUCUGAUAGGUUGGUACUCUGUGAGCUUUUACAAAACAUCAUAGACCCAAGUUUUCAACCUCUUUGUGAAGAACAGAUGCACACUACUGGACCUUUUGGUCUGAACAAACAUCUUUGACGUUCUCUAUCUAGAUCAACUAUCCAUUAAUGUAUGUCUGUCAAGGGCGCUAUGAAAUGCCUUGUGCCUCCGUCCCACCCCACAACCCUGGAGGCCAAAGUUGAUGACUUGCGUUUCAAAGUGGACCAGCUCCUCACCCGGAGCUCAGGAAGAGGUUGUCCCAUGUGUGGGACGUGUGCACAACACGGCACGCUGCAGGAGGCCAUGACCAGCCAGAUAUCAGCUCAUAGCAGACUUCUGGAUUCUCUGGAAAGGAAAGUCGGUGAGAUGAGAACAGCCCUGGAGGAUCUGGCACGUGGUCUAGAAGACAGACUGUGUGAAAAAGUGUCUGUGCCUUUGGUGGCCCUACAGAGAAGGAAGUCACUUCCUGUUCGCACCUCUGUGGAGGAGGUCUAUGUUCGGUUGGACAGACCUAGAGAAUGUAAAAUAGUGUCCCAUGCUGCAUUAGAGAAAGGCAUUUUGCUGGAAGUAAAUGAAAACAAUGGAAUAAGAAGAGAAGAUCAUCUAUCUGAAAAAGAUUCAACAGAAGUCAAAGCUCAGCAUGAAGUUAAAUUACAAAAGAAAGGAGAACGAGUAACCCCAAAAUCAAACAUAACACAGCGUCACGGCCAAACACAGAAUAUUAAUAAAGUGGAAAAUAUAAAUACGCAACCAAACCAGAAUAAUAUCAAGAAGACGCCCACCAUUGCUCCCUCCAUAUCUGUGGUGACCCAGAACUUGUUCGCUCCAAGGAGUCCUUCACCAAAGCCAGAAGUCCAAAACCAGAAAAAAGUAUCACCACCAAACAGUGAGGCAACCACAGCAUCCUCUGUUUCCAUGACAACACAUGUGGCUUCAUCCGACACGGUCGUAUUGAAACCUACAGAGGUGGGAUUACAUGAACCCAAGACAACUGGACCGGCUACUCCUGCACCAACAACAACAGCUCCAAGUGUGGCCAUAUUGGUACCCAACAUUUCUCCUAAAGAGACUUUACCAAAGAUUCCCACACCUUCUUCGCCAAGCCAUAAUCCCCCCAAAUCAAAUCUGGUUCCUCCUAUACAGAGUUCUGGGAAACCAUCAGAAAAUAUCCCAAGAACAAAAGUGGGAAAAGUUUCAACACACUUCCCACCAAGCCAUAACCCCCCCAAAACAAUGGGUUUGAUGGUUACCACGGCAACAAAGGAAGCUUCUCUCCUCAGACAAGUCCAGAGCUGUCCCAAUUCUUUGCAAAGAUUACAGGGCACUGCUGCUAAAGCAGAUUUGACUCUCAUGGCACCACCACCAAAAAAAGGGACCGAAAUAUCUGGAGCACCAAAGCACAUUGCUGGUGGAAUAGAGAUUAAAAUAAGCCCAGCUGUAGACAAAUCUACUGCUCAAAAUAUGGCCAACAACCACCCUAAAACCUGUUUGAAAGUUAUAGAUGAUGUUUCACCUCAGCCUGCACCUUUCUCCCAUCGGUUUGUUUCAUUGAAGUCAAACCCUCCAUCCUGUGACACUUUCAGUAUCCAUACCAGAGAAGUUCUGGGAGGUGGUCGAUUUGGCAAGGUUCACAAAUGUACGGAGAACAAGACGGGGAUGAGACUUGCCGCUAAGAUUAUCAAUACAAGAAAUGGAAGAGAGAGAGACAUGGCACUAAAUGAGAUCCAAGUCAUGAACCAACUAAGCCAUCCCAAUAUCCUUCAACUCUAUGAAGCUUUUGAGGUCAAGAAUCAAGUUGUGCUGAUAGUGGAGUAUGUGGAAGGUGGUGAGCUGUUUGAUCGAAUCGUGGAUGAGACCUGCCCUCUGACUGAGGUUGAUGCAAUGGUGAUUGUUAAACAGAUCUGUGAGGGCGUCCAGUACAUGCAUCAAAUGUACGUACUCCACCUGGACCUUAAGCCUGAAAACAUCCUUCUUGUUAAUCACUCUAGCCAUCAGGUGAAGAUCAUAGACUUUGGACUUGCCAGAAGGUACAAACCCAGAGAGAAACUUAAGGUUUCAUUCGGAACGCCUGAAUUUUUAGCUCCUGAAGUGGUGAACUUCGAUUUUGUCUCGUUCCCAACAGAUAUGUGGACUGUGGGAGUCGUGACUUAUAUGCUCUUAAGUGGUCUUUCUCCUUUUCUGGGUGAUGAUGACAGCCAAACCCUCAACAAUGUGCUUAUGGGCAACUGGUAUUUCGAUGAGGAUGCUUUUGAGCAUGUCUCUGCAGAGGCUCGGGACUUUGUCUCCAACCUGCUGAUCCGAGAGAGAAGUGGUCGUCUGAGCGCUUGCCAGUGUCUCAAGCAUCCAUGGCUAAACAACAUCUUGGAAAAAGCAAAGAAAAGCAACAUCGUGCUCAAGUCACAAGUCCUCCUUAAGAAGUACAUGGCCAGACGAAUGUGGAAGAAAAACUACAUAGCCAUUGCUGCGGCCAAUAGGUUUAAGAAGAUUGGAAGUUCAGGUUCCCUGACAUCAUUGGGGAUCUGACAUUGUUCCUCUUAUUACAUUGGGAUUUUACUGCCUUUGUAAAUGUUCUUUUCCUUUAUCUUUCAUAUAUCGUGAGCACAAACUUGGUGUUAUUAAAUUAAGUCAACGGAAGUAACAGUACACAAUCCAAUUGGUACAUCCAAUGCAUGUUAUUUUUCUUUUGCUUGAAGGCAUUGUAAACAAAUAAAAGUUUUCUAAGGGAAACACUUUUCACAUGUUAUUCAGACAGAGGAUAGAACUGAAUAAGCAUAAAUAGUGUUAAAACAGUGUCUGGA